AUGCCUUUGCAAGAGGGAUUGAUGCUGCGUUUACUUCUUCUUCAAAUGAGGCGUAUAUAUUUAGAAGUAAUAUAUAUGCACACAUCAAGUUUACGGCAGAUGGUGGCGAUAUUAUCUGCGGACCCAAGAGGAUCGCUGAUGGCAAUUCUUAGAAGUUACAAAUCUGAAAGACGAUUUACACUGGUUAAUCAGUAUGGAGAUAGUAUUUCUUCUGAUUUCAUGCCUCUUGAGUACCCAUAUCCAUUUAUGACAGCCGAUGCUCAAAAGGCAGCUUCAGGAUCAUAUGAUUACAUUGUAGUUGGCGGUGGUACAGCUGGGUGUCCCCUAGCAGCAACUCUGUCACAGCACUAUUCUGUUUUGCUAUUGGAGAGAGGAGACUCUCCUUAUGGAAAUCCCGAUGUUGAGAACUUCAAAGCCUUUUCCAAACUUUCAGGUGAUCCUAAAAAUUAUCCCUAUGUAGCGGAGGGUUUUGUCUCAGAAGAUGGAAUGCAGUUGGCAAGGGCCAGAGUUCUAGGAGGCGGAACAGCUAUUAAUGGUGGAUUCUACAGCAGGGCGAGCUCUAAAUAUAUUAGAAAAAUGGGCUGGGAUGAGAAGCUUGUUAAUGAGUCGUAUGAAUGGGUGGAGAAGUUAAAUGCCUUCAAACCAGACAAACUAUAUACUUGGAGUUCUGCUUUGAAGGAUGGGCUUCUCGAAGCAGGAGUUGUUCCUUACAAUGGAUAUACUUUGGAUCAUUUGGAGGGCUCCAAGAUCAGUGCUUCAAUUUUCGACAAGAAUGAAAAGAGACAUACAGCCGCAGAUCUUCUUCAGUACGCAAAUCCCAAAAAUAUUGUAGUUCUUCUGAAUGCUACUGCCAGCAGAAUCCUUUUCAAUUUGGUAUCAGGAAAGAUUAAGGCUGGAGGAGUGGAGUUCAUGAGUGGUAUGGAUAGUUUGCAUUAUCAAGUAUCGCUUAACCAAUUUUCAAUCAAUAGUGAGGUCAUUUUGUCAGCAGGAGCCAUAGGUAGCACUCAACUUCUCCUAUUAAGUGGAAUUGGCCCAGCACAAGAACUUAAAAAGAUGAAUAUUACAGUUCUUUUAGAUUUACCCUUAGUAGGGAAAAAGGUUCAAGACAAUCCACGUGCAACAGUUGCAAUAGAAUCCUCGAAACCACUUGAAUUUGCUACUACACAAGUAGUUGGCAUUGUAGACAAGUCACAACUAUACAUUGAGUCUGGUAGCCUUUCUCAACAAAAUAAUGCCAAUAUACAAUAUUUGGGAUUUAUUGUAAGUAAAGUGGCAUUUCCUUUGUCAAGAGGUGAGCUUCGACUUAAAAGCACAAAUCCUCAUGAUAUCCCUUAUGUUCAUUACAAUUACUAUUCACACCCUCGUGAUAUAAGAAGAUGUAUGAUUGGUGUGAAUGCAAUGGUUAAUUUAAGUAUGACAUCUUCUAUUCAAGAAUUUGCAUUUAUUAAUAAUGGAUCUUCAAAAAUGCUUCGAUUCUUUGGGCCUCCAUUACCGAAGAAUCAAUCAAAUGAUUAUGCCUUGGCCAAGUUUUGCAAAGACACACUAGGGACAUUUUACCAUUACCAUGGAGGUUGUCAAGCUGGUUUGGUGGUUGACAAAAGAUAUCAAGUGAAAGGUGUUGAUAAUCUAAGGGUCAUUGAUGGCUCAAUUUAUAAGGACUCUCCUGGUACUAAUCCACAAGCCACUACCAUGAUGCUUGGGAGGUAUAUGGGAAUUGAUAUCAUCCAAGGCCAUAUGAAGACCUAA